AUUAAAAAAAAAAUUAUUUGACAAAAUUCAGCACCCAGUCUUCAAAAGUGGCAUUAAUAAAACAGUAAUUGAUGGCUGUUUCCUUAACAUUAUAUACAUUUACAUCUAUAUAUAUGUACACAUGUAUAUCUCAAACCCCAAAAUCAUACUCAAUGAAGUUAUGCUAUGCGUUCCUAAUAAAGGAGCAAGGCAAGAAAUUUCACUGUUAUCACAAAUACUAGCUAACUCAGGCAAGAGAGAAACUAGAAGAAAAAGAAUUUGAAACGAGUAGGUUACUGUCACUAAUGGCAGGUGGUGUGAGUGUUGAAAAAACCCAACAGAGGCUACUGAAAAACUGUUUCAAUAAGAGAAUUCAGUAAGGUAGCAGGGUACAAAAUUAAUAUAAAGAAAUCAUUAGCCAUCAUAUAGACAAUAACAAGAAGAAAAACAAUAUAACGGAAGACCACAGUAAUAGCGAGGGAAAUUAGGGGGAAAAAAAAGCAAUUGGAAGGGGUUAUUAAAAUCAUCACUUAUACAAAGUUCAGUAUUUAAAGCAAUAUAGGAGCUUUGGUGGUGCAAUUAUUAAGCACUUGGCUGCUAACCAAAAGGAUGGUAGUUCCAACCUACCCAGCGGCUCCAUGGUUGAAAGACCUGGCAAUCUGCUCCCGUAAAGAUUACAGCCUAGAAACCCUAUGAGGCAGUUCUGCUCUGUCACCUGAGGUCACUAUGAGUCGAAAUCCACUUGACAAGUACAUAACAACAACAAAUUUAAAGCAGUGUAGUACCUAGGAUGUAAAUAAACAAACUAGCAUGAGGAAUGAAAUAGUAAAUCCAGAAAUAAACCUCAAUACAGGAGUUUAUUGCAUGAUAAAGGUGAUAUCUAAAAUUAUUAGGAAAAAGAGAAACUUUUUAAUGGUUUUGGAGCAACAAGAAGAAAUAAACUUUGAACUCACAUUGUAUACCAGGAUAUACUCCAAAGCCCAAAACCAACCUCUUUGCUGUCGAGUCGAUUCCGACCCAUAGUGACCCUAGAGGACAGAGUGGAGCUAACUGCCUUAUAGAAUUUCCAAGGAGUGGCUGGUGGGUUUGAACUGCUGAUCUUUUGAUUGGCAGCCAUAUCACUUAACCACUGCAUCACCAGGGCGCUGGAUAUACUCCAGGUGGGUCAAAAUUUAAAUGUGAAGAAUGUAGUAGAAGGAAUAUAUAGGUGAAUUUCUUCAUAACCUUGGAAUGGAGAAGGCCUUUCUAACUAAUCAGAAUUCAGAAAUCAUUAAAAAAAAGACUGACAAAUUAGACUAUAUAAAAAUCUUCUGAAAGGUAAAAAAAAUACAUAUCAUAAGCGAAUGAGAAAAUCUGGAAAAAGUAUUUGCUAUUCAUAUCACAGACAAAAGGUUAAUCAUCCUAAAAUACAGAAUUUUAAAAAAUCAAUAAGAAAAAGUCUGACAACAUAAUAGAAAAAUGGGCAAGUGAUACAAAUAGACAUGAAUAAGUAGGUGACAGAAAUAUAGAUGACCCGUAAUCAUAUAAAAAGACACACAACAUCAUUUAUAGUAGGAGAAAUGCAAAUUAUAACUACACAGAGCUUGUUUUUCACCUAUCAUGUUGGUAAAAAUCCAAAAGUGUGACCAUACAAAUGUGAGACUGUGGGGCAACAGAUAAUCAUAUUAUUCUUGACAAUGUGAGUAGGUACGGUUGCUAUGGAGGGCAACUGGGCAAUAUCCCUCAAAAUUAAAAUUACAUUUAUCAUUUGACCCAACAAUUCUACUUCUGGGAUUUUAUAGUUAUCUCUGCCCAUGUAUGAAAUAACAUUCAUAUAUGGCCAUUUCACAUUGUUUAUAAAAAUAGCAAAAGAAUAGUAACAACUCAGGUAUUCAUUAGUAGGAUUCUGAGUAAAUCAUAAAUACAUCUUUACAAUGGAAUACAAUGCCAUUGUGAAAAAGAAAUGGGGAUACUCAUAUCGAAAGCACCCAAAAAGGUAUAGAACAGUGCUUCAUUAUGCUACGUGGAAAGAUAAAUGUUUAUACUUAAAUUUAUAUUUUUAUUUAAUUAUAUUUAUUUACACUGAAUUUUUAUUUACAUUAAAUGCUAGGUGGAAAUAUAAGAAUAAGUAUGUUUAUACAUAAAAAAGCUGAAAGAACACAAAACUAAUAAAAGUGGGGAUGGGAGAAACAGACUUGGGAGCACAGACAGGAACAAGACUUCUCUGUUUUUAUAUUGUUUGAUUUUAAAUCAUUUGUAUGUAUUAUCGAUAUAGAAAUAACAAAGAUUUUUUUUAAAGGUGUAGCACAAUACCUCUUGAAUUUUUCCACCAUAGUGACUUUAAUGACAGAGGAGAAUAUGUAAACAAGUGGUAUGCAGGACUGUGGAGUGCUGGUCACGCGGUGGUUAAGAGCUCAGCUGCUAACCAAAAGGUUGACAGUUCGAAUCCGCCAGCUGCUCCUUGGAAACUCUGGGACAAUUCUACUCUGUCCUAUAGGGUCACCAUGAGUCAAAAUGGAUUUGUUGGGAAUGGGUUUGCUCUGUUUAUGUGGGAUUGUAACUUGAAGUGACCAGUGUCCUAAAGAUUUCUGCUUUUCUUAAAAAUCUGUGGAUUUAGUAUAUUCUUCUCUGUAGUAAGUCUGUUUUAAUUUAAAACAGAUAUAGGGUUGCUCUGAGUCGGAAUCGACUUGACAGCAACGGGCUUGGUUUUCUUUUGGCUUACCAUUGAGUAAAACUGCCCCAGGAAGUUUAUUAUGUGAUUUUUCUUACCCCUGGUACUUAUCACCCAUCCUUGUUUGAGAAGUACUGUGUGUAUCAAAGUUAAUUCUUCAUAUAUAUUAUCCUGCAUUUUUUUUUUGUAAUUUUUUUUUUUUUUUUUUGCAAAUUGAUUUUUUAACUGAAGGGCUGCAAUCUGUGAACAAUUAGAAUAGCCCUUGUUUUAUAUAAGGUCUAAAAAUAAUUAAACAAGUUUUUCUUAUUUUUAACAAGUAACAGCUAAACCAAUUUAAUUCAUUGGCACCUUGGUGUUACUAAUGUUGCAGUAUGUUUCUAUGUAAAUCAUGUUUCUGUGUUCCAUGUUACAUGUUCAGUAUGUUCUAUGUGGAAUGUUCUCUUCACCAGGAUGAAGUUAAAGGAAGUAGAUCGCACUGCCAUGCAGGCAUGGAGCCCUGCCCAGAAUCAUCCCAUUUACCUAGCUACAGGAACAUCUGCUCAGCAAUUGGAUGCAACAUUUAGUACCAGUGCUUCCCUCGAGAUAUUUGAAUUAGACCUUUCUGAUCCAUCCUUGGAUAUGAAAUCUUGUGCCACUUUCUCUUCUUCUCACAGGUACCACAAGUUGAUUUGGGGGCCUCAUAAGAUGGAUUCAAAAGGAAAUGUCUCUGGAGUUCUGAUUGCAGGUGGUGAAAACGGAAAUAUUAUUCUCUAUGAUCCUUCUAAAAUUAUAGCUGGAGACAAGGAAGUUGUGAUUGCCCAGAAUGACAAGCAUACCGGCCCAGUGAGAGCCUUGGAUGUGAACAUUUUCCAGACUAAUCUUGUAGCCUCUGGUGCUAAUGAAUCUGAAAUCUAUAUUUGGGAUCUAAACAAUUUUGCAACUCCAAUGACACCAGGAGCCAAAACACAGCCCCCAGAAGAUAUCAGCUGCAUUGCAUGGAACAGACAAGUUCAGCAUAUUUUAGCAUCAGCAAGUCCUAGUGGCCGGGCCACUGUGUGGGACCUUAGAAAAAAUGAACCUAUCAUCAAAGUCAGUGAUCAUAAUAACAGGAUGCAUUGUUCUGGAUUGGCGUGGCAUCCUGAUGUUGCUACCCAGAUGGUCCUUGCCUCUGAGGAUGACAGGUUACCUGUCAUCCAGAUGUGGGAUCUUCGAUUUGCCACCUCUCCACUCCGUGUCCUUGAAAACCAUGCCAGGGGUAUUUUGGCAAUUGCUUGGAGCAUGGCAGAUCCUGAAUUGUUGCUGAGCUGCGGAAAAGAUGCUAAAAUUCUCUGCUCCAACCCAAACACAGGAGAGGUGUUAUAUGAACUUCCCACCAGUACACAGUGGUGCUUCGAUAUUCAGUGGUGUCCCCGAAAUCCUGCUGUCUUAUCAGCUGCUUCCUUUGAUGGGCGUAUCAGUGUUUAUUCCAUCAUGGGAGGAAGCACUGAUGGUUUAAGGCAGAAGCAAGUCGACAAGCUUUCAUCAUCUUUCGGGAAUCUGGAUCCCUUUGGCACAGGACAGCCCCUUCCUCCAUUACAAAUUCCACAGCAGACUGCUCAGCAUAGUAUAGUGCUGCCUCUGAAGAAGCCACCCAAGUGGAUCCGAAGGCCUGUCGGUGCUUCCUUUUCAUUUGGAGGCAAACUGGUUACCUUUGAGAAUGUCAGAAUGCUGUCUCAGCAGGGAGCUGAGCCUCAGCAACAGCACCACCAUGUGGUCAUUAGCCAAGUUGUAACAGAAAAGGAAUUCCUCAGCCGGUCUGACCAACUUCAGCAGGUCGUGCAGUCACAAGGAUUUGUCAGUUAUUGUCAGAAAAAAAUUGAAGCUUCUCAGACUGAGUUUGAGAAAAAUGUGUGGUCUUUUUUGAAGGUAAACUUUGAGGAUGAUUCUCGUGGAAAAUACCUUGAACUUCUAGGAUACAGAAAAGAAGACCUAGGAAAGAAGAUUGCUUUGGCCUUGAACAAAAUGGAUGGACCUGAUGUGGCUGUUAAAGACUCUGACCAAGUAGCACAGAGUGAUGGGGAGGAGAACUCUGCUGCUGAAGAGCAGCUCUUGGGAGAGAGAAUUAAAGAAGAAAAACAAGAAUCUGAAUUUUUACCCUCAGCUGGAGGAACAUUUAAUAUUUCCGUCAGUGGGGAUAUUGAUGGUUUAAUUACUCAGGCUUUACUGAUGGGUAAUUUUGAGAGUGCCGUUGACCUUUGUUUACAUGAUAAUCGCAUGGCAGAUGCCAUUAUAUUGGCCAUAGCAGGUGGACAAGAACUCCUGGCUCGAACCCAGAAAAAAUACUUUGCAAAAUCCCAAAGCAAAAUUACCAGGCUGAUCACUGCAGUGGUGAUGAAGAACUGGAAAGAGAUUGUUGAGUCUUGUGACCUUAACAACUGGAGAGAGGCUUUAGCUGCCAUAUUGACUUAUGCUAAACCAGAUGAAUUUUCAGCCCUCUGUGAUCUUUUGGGAACCAGGCUUGAAAGUGAAGGUGAUAGCCUCCUGCAGACUCAGGCAUGUCUCUGCUAUAUUUGUGCAGGGAAUGUAGAGAAACUAGUUGCUUGUUGGACUAAAGCUCAAGAUGGAAGCAACCCCUUGUCCCUUCAGGAUCUGAUCGAGAAAGUCGUCAUCCUGCGAAAAGCUGUACAACUCACUCAAACCAUGGACACUAGUACUGUAGGUGUACUUUUGGCUGAGAAGAUGAGUCAGUAUGCCAGUUUGUUAGCAGCUCAGGGCAGUAUUGCUGCAGCCCUGGCUUUUCUUCCUGAAAACACCAACCAGGCAAAUAUUGUGCAGCUUCGUGACAGACUUUGUAGAGCACAAGGAGAGCCUGUACCAAGACACGAAACGCCCAAAAUUCCUUACGAGAGGCACCAGCUGCCCAAGGGCAGGCCUGGACCAACUGCUGGCCACACACAGAUGCCAAGAGUUCCAGCUCAACAAUAUUAUCCUCAUGUUAGAAUUGCCCCUACUGUCACUACCUGGAGUAACAAAACUCCUACUGCCCUUCCCAGCCAUCCACCUGCAGCCUCUCCCUCUGACACACAGGGAGAAAAUCCUCCACCUCCAGGUUUCAUAAUGCAUGGAAAUGUUAAUCCAAAUACUGCUCAGCUGCCCACAUCUCCAGGUCAUAUGCACACCCAGGUACCGCCUUAUCCACAGCCACAGCCUUAUCAGCCAGCCCAGCAGUAUUCGUUCGGAACAGGGGGGUCAGCAAUGUAUCGACCUCAGCAGCCUGUCGCUCCUCCUGCUUCAAAUACUUACCCUAACACCCCUUACAUAUCUUCUGCUUCUUCCUAUUCUGGGCAGUCUCAGCUAUAUGCAGCACAGCACCAAGUCUCUCCACCUCCUUCCAGCCCUGCUGCUGCUUUCCCUCCUCCCCCUUCCUCUGGAGCAUCCUUCCAGCAUGGCGGACCAGGAGCUCCACCAUCAUCUUCAGCUUAUGCACUGCCUCCUGGAACAACAGGUACACUGCCUGAUGCCAGUGAGCUGCCUGCGUCCCAAAGAACAGAAAAUCAGCCUAUCCAAGACCAGGCACCUAUGUUGGAAGGUCCUCAGAAUGGGUGGAAUGAUCCUCCAGCUUUGAACAGAGUACCCAAGAAGAAGAUGCCUGAAAACUUUAUGCCUCCUGUUCCCAUCACAUCACCAAUCAUGAACCCUUUGGGUGACCCCCAGUCACAGAUGCUGCAGCAACAACCUUCAGCUCCAGUACCACUGUCAAACCAAGCUUCAUUCUCACGGCCACAUCUUUCAGGUGGCCAGCCCUUCCAUGGCAUACAGCAACCCCUUGGUCAACCAGGCAUACCACCAUCAUUUUCAAAGCCCAAUAUCGAAGGCGCCCCAGGGGCUCCUAUUGGAAAUACCAUCCAGCAUGUACAGUCUUUGCCAACAGAGAAAAUUACCAAGAAACCCAUUCCAAAUGAGCACCUCAUUCUAAAGACCACAUUUGAGGAUCUCAUUCAGCGCUGCCUCUCUUCAGCCACAGAUCCUCAAACCAAGAGGAAGCUGGAUGAUGCCAGCAAACGUUUGGAGUUUCUAUAUGAUAAACUUAGGGAACAGACACUGUCACCAACAAUCAUCAAUGGUUUACACAACAUUGCAAGGAGCAUUGAAACGCGAAACUAUGCAGAAGGAUUAACCAUCCAUACCCACAUAGUCAGCACCAGCAACUUCAGUGAGACCUCUGCUUUCAUGCCAGUUCUCAAAGUUGUUCUCACCCAGGCUAAUAAGCUGGGUGUCUAAAAGGAUAGCUUCACUCCCUGCCAAUAUUGCCGUUUUCCAAAGAAACAUGUUUAAAAAAAUGAUAAGAUAUGGACCAGGUAUCAAUCCUCACUAGCGUGUUUCCAUAGCAGCCAGUCAAGAGCAUUUAUACUAUUUCUGCAGAUAUACUCACCUGAGAACUGCCCAAGACCCUGGUGCUUUUGUUUUGUUUUGUUUUAAUCUUCUGUUGCUCAUGAUAAUUUUCCUAUUCUGCAAAUAGUACAUUUCCUGGAUUAUACAUAGUAUGGUUUCCUGAAGUAUGAUAAAACGUAGUUUUUAAAAGCUAGUAUACUUUUUGGAAAGAGCAUCUGGUUAUGCAUAAAGAAGAACUAAAACUAAAUUUCUCUCAUGUCCUCCCACCUCCCUCCAUGUCAGUCAGAUUAAAGCGUGUAAUCCUA